AUGGAUGGAUUCGACAAGCUGGAAAGAACAUCCCUCCCACCCAAGGGUAAAUUCUUCAGCAGUCUAACCAACGAAGACAUCAGCGACACCGACUACAGGAGAGCACAGAAUGUGUGGAACACCUUCGGUAUGAAAACCAUGAGGGAUUACCACAACCUCUACCUCAAAACGGACGUCCUACUCCUGACAGACGUUAUGGAAAACUUCAGGAAGGUAUGCAGAGCAAACUACGAACUCGAUCCCCUGUGGUACUACACAUCACCGGGACUGGCGUGGGAUGCGUGUCUAA